AUGGGUGUCGUAGCGAGCGUCCCCGAGGACGCGCUGGACAAGGCCGCAUGCUGGCUUAAACGAGAUGACCUGCUGCGCCUGCGCGAACUCUCGCCGCACGGGCGAGACACCGCGAGACGCGCGAUCGCGAGGAAGGCGAUCCCGCACGUGCAGAUCUUUAAUUUUCAGUCUGUGCAAUUCGUACCGCGGCAGGCGCGCGCGAUGCGGGCUCCGCCCCGGGCCGUCGAGGCGAUGGCGAAGGUGUUUGGAGCAGGCUGCGUACACCUCUACGCUAGCGGCACAUCCGCGCCGUCGCUUGCUGCUCUGUAUGAUUUUGUGCGCUCCACGAACGGAGGUCUGCGGGAGCUUGACCUGGGGCCGUCCGGCAUUUCGUCUGACCUGCUACUCGUGAUGUGUCGCCACUGCCCGAAUCUGAUCAAAUUGCACGGCCCAAGAUACGUACAUACCUCAGAUGAAGCCAUUGUAGCCAUCGCCGCCGCCUGCCCAAGGCUUGAAGUGGUAUCUUUUUCUGACGUAGUGACCGAUGUUUCUCCCGCGGAAAGAUAUGAGCGACACUUCCCGCGGCUCAAGUACCUGGAUAUUCAUGAUGGUAGAUCCGAUAAUGAUCCUCCAUACCGGCCAACGCAGCUCGAAAAUAUCGUCGCGGCUGCACGCAGCACCUCUGCCACGGAAAUGGAUAUGGAAGGCUGCCACAUCUUCCCCGACCUCAUCAAUGCCAUCGUCGGCACGCCGCUCGGCGAUCGUCUCACGAGCCUUAGCGAAAGAGAGAGUGGCUUGGAAACGAACAUAGAGCCGGACGCCCUUCUGGCAGCGGCGCGCGGCUUUCCUCGCCUCGCGGAGCUGUGGAUUCCCGAAUUGACAAGAAUUCCUAAUCCAGGCUGGUUUGUUCUACUUGCUGGCGUUCGCACCUUCGAGACGGUGUAUAUCAGUUCCCACCACGCCACGGACUCGCAGGUCGUCGCGGCUUGCUCGCAAAACCCUCUGGUGGAGCUCGAGCUGAACUGGAUAGGCGCAUUAACCCGAGGCGUCGUUGAGGGGAUAAUCUCAAGCCAGUCCGCCGCGACGCUGCAGGGCCUCACCAUCAGUUACUGUGAACCCGGCGACGUGGACGACAUAGAGUCCUAUAUGGAGGAUCGCGGUAUUCGCGCCGCCGACAUGCUCCGGCUCGUGAUGGCGUGCCCGAGGCUCUCUCGGCUCUCCUGGCAACGGGAGUAUAGCAACGAUGCCUGGUUUGCUCAGGACGCUCAAGCGGAAAUCACGGAGAUCCUAGAACUUCGCGGUGGAAUAUACUACACUCCUUAUGGCUAG